CAACUUAAUUACAUUUAAUAAUACAUCUCUCUCUCUCUCUCCCUGUAUCUCUCCCUCUCUCUCUCUCAAUAUUUUUUUUUUAUCUCUGCAUCUUCUUGAAUUGCCAAACCCUCAUCUUCAUUCUGUCCAAAUAUUUAUAUAAAACUCACAAAACCCACUUGACUAAGCUUCAAGAACUUCAUUCAUAAGCUGUAUUUGAUCCUUGUAGUGAUCAACGUGGCCUCAUCUCAGCCAUUGAUGGAGUCUGCUCUUCACAACUUUAUCUUCUGAUAUCACAACUCACAAGCUUUAGGAGAAACGGGGUUUUAAUCGGGGAAAUUCUGAAGUUCCAGUAUGGAUGUUAGCAUCGGCGAUGAAAUUACUGCAGAGGAAGCUAUAAAUGCUACACACCAGCAGAGCAAGGAUAAUGAUUAUUCACUGAACCCUAACAGCACAAAUGUAAUGGGAUUGGAUGAAAUGGUAACACCUGGUGAUCGCAAGAACUCACUUGGUUUCUUUGCAGCUACUUUGGGAGGUGAAAACCUAGAAAGAAUUAAUGCAUCUGAACAGGUAUCGUCUAGUAAUCGCCUUGAGAACGACGACACCUUUGAAGAGUUGACACUAAGAGAUUGUAGUAGUGAAAAGUUAGAUGCAGAGAGUAACUUGAGUAGUAGAGAUAAAUUACAAACUAGACAAAGCAGGUGGCAUCAUCUUUUAGGUGGAUCUGGACAUAGAGGCUCUCAAACGAGGGUAAUGAAUACUCUAGAGGAUGUAGGAUGCACAAGUAAAUCAGAGCUCGAUCACAAAUCUCCACAUAAUCAUGGAGCUGGAGAUGCUAGUUUCCAUGUAGAGGCUGCUGCCAGAUUCAACUUUGAAGAAAUGUCUAGUGUCCGGGAGGAUCUAGGAUGCACAACUAAAUCAGAAAUGUUGGAUAGAGAUUCUCCUAACAACAAUUGCAAUGAAGUUGACAAAACUAGAAAUCAAGUUGCGUCAGGCAAUGUGAUACUAUCUCCGAGUUUAAUGAGGACGAAAAUCAUCUCCAGAUCUGGGUUCACACAAUAUUUUGUGAAAGAUACUUUGAAGGGUAAAGGAGUUGUAUGUAGAGGGCCGGCACCUCGGGUUGAGUUCAGUGAUCAGUCUUUUUUAAAGGCCGGUAGUGCUAACAAGGUAGAUAUAGAUGCUCCCUUAAAUUUGAAUGGAGAAGCUGUUAUGCAGGUAAAUUCAGGCACACUCGCAAAUUCUAGUAGAGAUAAUAUUAGGCUGCCUCCUCAUGUUAUUGCCAACUCAGGUACACCCUUGAACUCAAAUAAAGAAACUGCUAUCGCUUCUACUCAUGCUACUCCCAACCCGGUUAGAAACUCAAAUAGAGAUACUCUUCGUGCUAUUCCCAACCCUGCUCGUCAAACUGUUGCUCCUCUUCCUCGUGUCAUUCCUAACUCUGCAAGACAAACUGUUAAGCCUCCUCGUCAAGCUAUUACUGACCCUGACAUACUUUCCAAUUCAAGUACUGAAGCCUUUAUGCCUCAUGUUACUCCCAGCUUACUCUUAAAUUUAAAUACAGAAACUUCUGUUCCGCAUCAUGAUAGUGUCAGCAUUAGACAAUGGCUGAAAUUUGGGAGGAACAAGAGAAACAAAGUACAGAGCCUGCAUAUCUUUAAGCAAAUUGUGAAUUUGGUAAGUAAAUCACACUCUAAAGGAUUUGCUCUGCUUGACUUGCGGCCUUCUUACUUUAAGUUGCUGCAAUCAAACGAGGUAAAGUAUGUUGGAUCAAAUGUUCAAAUGGGGAAUUUCAUCGAUGGAGAUGCACACUACCAGCUGAAUCAUCGAAAUGGUAAGAGGCCAAUGGAGCACAGUAAUAGCCCAAUUGCCAAAAGAGGUAGAACCGAAGAGGACAAUAAUUCAGUUAUAAGUUGGACUCGGUUUCCACAUAAAUCAGGUCUCGCAGCCGCUAAUGAGAUAAAUGUAAGAUAUGGUGGUGCACAAUAUGCUGGGAGUGCAUGUUAUGAUGACAAUAGCCCUACACCAGUACGUGUUACUCAGAGUGAUUUAAAGGGUGAACACAUGUCUGAUUCUUCCAAGUUGAUAUUAGGAUCUGUUAAUGAUACAUCAGAAGAAGUGAAAUGGUAUGCCAGUCCAGAAGAACUGAAUAAAAGGUGUUGCACAUUGUCAUCAAAUAUUUACAGUCUCGGGGUUCUUCUUUUUGAGUUGCUUUGCUCCUUUGACUCAGAAAGAGGUCAUGAUGUUGCAAUGCUCGAUGUACGUAAUAGGAUACUUCCUCCGAAUUUCUUGUCAGGAAGUCCUAGGGAGGCAGGAUUUUGUCUUUGGCUGCUUCAUCCUGAACCUUCUUCACGCCCAACGACAAGAGAAAUCUUAAAAUCUGAUGUUAUCAAAGAGAUUGAAGACUUGAGCAACUUUUCAUCGUCUUUCACACACGAGGAUGCAGAAUCAGACUUGUUAUUACAUUUUCUCGAGUCUCUACAGCAACAGAAGAACAAGCAUUCCUCAAAGUUGGUGGAAGAAAUCAGUUUAUUGGAAGCGGAUAUUGAGGAGGUUGAGAAAAGACGGACAAAGAUGUUAGUCUUACCUGAGGAGUCACUCCAUGCAAGAGGGAAAUUAUUAUUAGACAAAGGCAAGUCAAGUUUAGGAGUGAAUUAUGAUAAAACAGCUCCUUUCUGCAACGAAGAAAGGUUGAUGAAGAAUAUCGAUCAGCUUGAAAGUGUCUAUUUCUCUGUGAGAUCUACUGUUGACAAUUCUAGUAAUGGGCCUGUUACAUGUGAUGUUAAGGAAUUGCUAGAAGGUCGAGAAACUUUUUAUCAUGCAAAGAAAGAUAGAGAACCAAAGAAAUCAGCAGAUGGCCUAGGGGUAUUCUAUAAUGGUUUGUGCAAGUAUGCUCGCUACACCAAGUUCAAAGUACGUGGCACAUUAAGGAAUGGGGAUUUUAGUAACGCAAAUGUUAUAUGUUCCUUAAGCUUUGACCCAAAUGAGGAAUACUUUGCUGCUGCUGGGGUGUCCAAGAGAAUAAAGAUAUAUGACUUUAAUGCAUUCCUUAAUAGUUCCGUUGACAUACAUUAUCCAGUGAUUGAGUUGUCAAACAAGUCGAAGCUCAGCUGCACUAGUUGGAAUAACUAUAUUAGGAACUAUCUCGCUUCGACUGACUAUGAUGGCGUUGUUAAGUUAUGGGAUGCGGGAACUGGUCAAGAAAUAUCCCAGUAUGCUGAGCACAGUGCAAGGGCUUGGUCUGUUGACUUUUCUCGAGUUGAUCCAACUAAACUAGCAAGUGGGAGUGAUGAUUGUUCUGUGAAACUUUGGAAUAUCACUGAGAAGAGCAGUGUAUGCACAAUUCGGAAUGUUGCAAAUGUUUGCUGUGUUCAGUUCUCUCCGAAGUCCAGCCAUUUGCUUGCAUUUGGUGCUGCAGAUUACAAGACUUACUGCUUUGAUCUUCGAAAUACUUCAAAACCAUGGUGUGUUUUAGCCGGCCAUGCCAGGGCUGUUAGCUAUGUGAAAUUUCUUGAUUCAGCAACCCUCAUAUCUGCAUCCACCGACAGCACACUAAAAAUUUGGGACCUUAACAAAACCGGUACCAGUGCUGUUGCGAAUGAGGGUUGCAUUUCAACCCUUCGUGGUCAUACUAAUGAAAAGAACUUUGUAGGUUUAUCUGUUACGGAUGAUGGGUACAUUGUGUGUGGUUCGGAAACCAAUGAGGUUUUUGCUUAUUAUAGAUCUCUCCCCAUGCCAAUCACCUCUCACAAGUUUGGCUCGAUUGAUCCUAUCUCUGGGAAGGAGACUGAUGAUGACGGGGGACAUUUUGUCUCAAGUGUUUGUUGGAGGAAAGAAUCCGAGAUGGUGGUUGCUGCUAAUUCCAGUGGAUCUAUAAAACUGUUGCAGAUGAUCUGAAGGAAUGCUAGUUACUGAAAUUGAUUCCAAAUUUGCAGCCAGGAUGUUACUUUUCAGGAUCGAGAGGUAAAAUCAAUGUCUUCCCAUAUCCUACUAAAUGAGAGGAAAUGCUUACAAAAUUUUGGGUCCACAAAUGAUACCAGCUGACUUGUACAUAAUAGAGGACUUACUUCGGUCAAGAUGGAAGGGUUUUACUACCUGCGGAAUCAAUGAAUGCAUUGAUUCUUGCAGCCUCGUAUAGAAACUGAGUCUAGAGAAAGGUGUGCAUUACCUUUUUAAAUCUUGACUUGUAUAUGUAACUGUUUUUCCAUGAAAGUUGAACGGUGAUGUUUACUUGCCUAGAGGAGAGUGUAUCGUGGAAUGUUUAGAGAUUUUUUUUAUUGUUUUUUCUUGAUUCUC